UUCAUCAUCUGACCGUCCAUCAACCGUUGUUACUGUAGCAUCAUGGCACGUACCAAGCAAACCGCUCGUAAAUCAACUGGCGGUAAGGCGCCGAGGAAACAACUGGCCACCAAAGCAGCUAGGAAAAGCGCACCGGCUACCGGCGGAGUGAAAAAACCUCAUCGUUAUCGUCCGGGUACUGUGGCACUCCGUGAAAUCCGCCGUUACCAAAAGAGUACAGAACUAUUGAUCCGCAAACUGCCUUUCCAACGAUUGGUCCGUGAGAUCGCCCAGGAUUUCAAAACCGAUUUACGGUUCCAGAGUUCCGCCGUAAUGGCGUUGCAGGAGGCUAGCGAAGCGUAUUUGGUGGGUCUUUUCGAAGACACGAACUUAUGCGCUAUUCACGCCAAACGUGUUACAAUCAUGCCGAAAGAUAUUCAAUUGGCGCGUCGUAUUCGUGGAGAGCGUGCCUAAAUUAUAUUUCUUCAACUGGUUGAUUUAUAACGAAUUAUAAAAGAGCCCUUUUCAGGGCUACCAAUUUAUUAUUAUAAUACUUUUAUUUUAAUUAUGCAUGCACCUCACGAGUGUGGAUUAUUUUGGAAAUAUGUAAACAUAAUCCCAACAUUCAAAACGUC